GAUGACGUUGUGCCUUCCACGUUUACACCGGACGUGGCAGUCUGGAGUGAAAUCACAGUAACUUCCCUCCCGUGUAAAAUACAUUUCGCUUUGCUGUUGUAGUGGUUAAACAUCACUUCUAGUUUUAAAUAGUCCAACAUCCUCGGGCAGCCAUGGGGCUCACCAUCUCGUCGAUCUUCGGUCGGCUGUUCGGGAAGAAACAGAUGAGGAUUCUGAUGGUUGGACUGGAUGCUGCUGGAAAAACAACAAUCCUGUACAAACUGAAGCUUGGUGAAAUUGUGACCACUAUCCCAACCAUUGGAUUCAAUGUGGAGACGGUAGAAUAUAAAAAUAUCAGCUUCACCGUUUGGGAUGUGGGUGGCCAAGACAAGAUCAGACCUCUCUGGAGGCAUUACUUCCAGAACACACAGGGUCUUAUCUUUGUAGUGGACAGUAAUGACAGAGAACGAAUUGUUGAGUCUGCAGAGGAGCUCUCCAAAAUGCUUCAGGAAGAUGAGCUGAGAGAUGCCGUCUUGCUGGUAUUUGCCAAUAAGCAGGACCUUCCAAAUGCCAUAACAGUCAGUGAACUGGCAGAGAGACUUGGCUUACAUUCACUUCGCAGCAGAAAAUGGCACAUCGAAUCCACCUGCGCCACCCAGGGCACCGGGCUAUAUGAAGGACUUGACUGGCUGUCCAAAGAGCUGUCGAAGAACUAAUGAAGGAUUUGCUGGACAGCAGAGUGUGACUGAUCAACACGGGACAUGAGAAAAGACUCAGAUGUUCAAUCCAGAGCCAGUUUAUUUUAGCACCAAUGUUUACAAAAAAAAUCCUCCAGCCUAUUGGACAGUUAACUCAGUUAUGAUAACCUCUGUUUUAUUCUUUGUUUUUGUUUUUUUAUAUAUAUUUUCAGUAGUUUCUUUGUGCAUGGUUCCUUUUCACACUCAUUCAUUUACUCUUCCUGUUUCAUGGUGAGCAAAAUUAUAGUUUUGGAGAUUUCACAGAAAGAAAUGCAUUUAUAAAUUUAGGAUUGAUGGUAGAGGUCGACUAGUGGUCUCCCACAAGCUGUUAAUUGCCGUACUCCCUUGCUGUUAUUUAAUUUCUGGAUGCUUUGUCUUUUGUUUUAAUUCUGUGCCAGCUAACUGUUUUGUAGAUCUGUGGCUUGAUGAAUAAUUUGCUUCUAGUUUGGUGCCAAAAAACAUAUUGCCUUCUGGUCCCCUGUGGUAGAGACCUCAGUUAUUCAUUUCAUGGUGCAGUUAUUAGGUGAAGCUCCUCCUUGUGAUGCAUUUAUGUCUUUGUGCUUUUGCGAGAUAAAGUUAUGCAACUCUCCGCUUUGUGCUGCAUUAUAUGCUGUGUUGCAGCAGAACCACAACACUGUGAGUGUAGAUUGAUGUCUUGCAACUUCCUUAUAAACUCUUGAUCUCACUUAUCUCAGUUUCUUGUGAAUUUGUUUUCACAUGCUUUGUUUUGUGCUUUAAGACCAGCAAAGUUUUUUGUUUUUUUUUUUACUUUUCUGUCAUCUAACAGAAAGUAGCUUCGGCCCAAAGGAGGAAGGAAGUGUUUUCUCAGUGUUGACACAGGACCUGAGACAUUGCAACACUGUGAAAUCUCAUAGUAUUUCCCCCUUUUUAAAAAAAUUUCCAGCAACAUGUAAUGUUGACUUUGUUGUACUGUGUAACAAACACUGUAAAGUAUUAAUUACUUUCCUCUUUCUCUUUAAUAAAACACACAGCAUACUGACCUAUCAGUUUAUCUUAGUGUACAUUAAUAUUUGUUGUCAGUGUCUUUUAAAACAAAAAGCUCUGAAUAAAGCCGCUGUUACACUAA